UUAGUAGCCAGAACCCCGACAGCCAAGCGCGAACUCCGCGGCCUCCGAGCCGGCGGCAGUGACUCCCUCUUCCUCGGCCGCCUCGCCAGCCGGUCCCCGGCGCCGAGCCCAGAAGUCAAGGCCCCUUGGCAGGGGUGUCGGGGGCGCGGGAUGGCGGAUUUCGACGAGAUCUACGAGGAGGAGGAGGACGAGGAGCGGGCCUUGGAGGAGCAGCUGCUCAAGUACUCGCCGGACCCGGUGGUGGUCCGCGGCUCCGGUCACGUCACAGUAUUUGGACUGAGCAACAAGUUUGAAUCAGAAUUCCCUUCUUCAUUAACUGGAAAAGUAGCUCCUGAAGAAUUUAAAGCCAGCAUCAACAGAGUUAACAGUUGUCUUAAGAAGAACCUUCCUGUUAAUGUACGUUGGCUACUUUGUGGCUGCCUUUGUUGCUGCUGCACGUUAGGUUGCAGUAUGUGGCCAGUUAUUUGCCUCAGUAAAAGAACACGAAGAUCGAUUGAGAAGUUAUUAGAAUGGGAAAACAAUAGGUUAUACCACAAGCUGUGCUUGCACUGGAGACUGAGCAAAAGGAAAUGUGAAACGAAUAACAUGAUGGAAUAUGUCAUCCUCAUAGAAUUUUUACCAAAGACACCAAUUUUUCGACCCGAUUAGCAUUUACCUUGUUUAUAGAGACUUUCCAAGUAUGUUGUCUUUCCAAUGGUGCCUUGCUUGGUGCUCUCCUGGUGGUGACAUGACAUUGGUUCUACAGAAUCGUGUGGUGGUUUUGUUUUGUUUUGUUUUGUUUUGUUUUAAUAACCGCAUGUUCUGUGUGUGCAUAUUUGUCAGACUCUGCAAGUUAUUUCAUACAGAUGUUUAAUACCUAAGUUAUUGUGCUCUCUUCUGUUAUGUAUUCUGAUUUUCAAGGAUUUCUUUUUUGUAUUCUCAAAAAAAUACAUUUGAACUUAGCAUAAAAAGUGGCCAGCCUUUUUUAUUUUAUCACCAAGUUACACACAGUCCUUUAUUUAUAAAUUCCUUAACAUAGAACAAUACCUUUGUAAGGCUCUCCUUAUCUAUUCUAGCAAGUACACUAUACUUGUAUUAAAUUUUCUUCCCUUUGAAAUUUAACAUGGUAAUUAUUUUAAAAGAAGUUUUCUUCAGUAGCCUUUCGAACCUCAUAUGCCCUUGAACUCACACAGUUCCUAAUGCUCUGUUUACAGCAGAUUCAUCUGUUAACAUUGUGACAACUUCUCGAAAAGUUUUGAAAAUAUUACUGUCUUCAAAGGUAGUAAGGCAGGAUUAAAUUAUUUUUAUUAGAACAGACAAAUCAAUGAAUGGUAUGCAUGUAUCUAAUGGUUAUUAGACUCAGGAUCACAGAAUAUAGAAGCAUCAGUCUGUAUAUUUUUUAUCAAGAUGAUAUUAAUAAUGGCCUUACAUGGGUUAUUUUUAUUGUUCAUCAAGUCUUAUAUGCAAAAGUAUGGAAGUACUCCUUUUAAGAAUUUCUAUGUAAAAUAUUUCUCCCAAUCUGACAUAACCGUAGAAUGAAUAUAUGUUUUUGAAGAGUUUUGGAAGAAAAGAAACCAAAAGUUCUAGAACUAAAAGUAAGCUGGUGUUCAGUGCUGCAUUGCUAUUAAGAGCACAUUAUUACUGAGAAGUGGAGGACAUAUUUACAACUAUUUUAUCCACCCAGAGAAUUCACUUUCAAUCUAGUUACAUAUACUUUUUUGAUUGAAAGUAUGACAUAGAUUUCAAUC